AUCACAACCAGCUCGCCACCAUCACACGCAACCCCCGCAUAUACACAGCUGGUUUCCACGAUACGCAUUCCUUCGACACCUACCGACGGCGACUCUCCCAGCGCACACACCCCGUCAGCCGUUGAUACAUUGUCUCUUUGCCUUCUCGUAGCCAGGGCUCAACACACCAUCCUUGCGAAUUUCACAAGGCCUUUGACGCGGUUUGCACAGUUUCGUCAGCCUAGCUCACGUGCUGGCUUUCAGCUUUAGAGGGGUGUCGUUCAGACUGGCGCGAGUAGUGUGAACACGUCGUGGUCAGCGGUUCACGAGGUGGCUGGGGGAGCUUCCGCGACAGAGUCAGGGCUGCUCAUUGCCAACUGUGCAAUCAAAGCCCGGGUGGGUGGGUUCCUCUUCCCUACGACAUUUUAGGGCAAGAGGGGUAUCGCUUUUUCUAGGUGAGUAUUUUUAGAGUAUAGAACAGUUAAUAAACAAUGAUCUACAACCUCGUUCGCAAAAGCGGCAUUCCAGUACUGGCUUCUCUCGCGUCUGAUGGUGCAUCACAAUGGCCAUGUUGCUUAGCCGUCAAAUAUCUCGAGGCUCGCAUGCAAGCCACUAUCUCUUUGCAAUACUCACUGCCCAUCCAAGGAUUUGACGACAAGCAAACCUUUACCCUCCUUUACAAUGCUGACAAUCUGGUGCCCGACAAUACUUCGGUCCAGUACUCGCCCACCAGCCUUCCACAGAACCGGCUGCAUGAAAUUGCUCGGCAGGGAAACGCCCAACUGAGAAUGUUGUGUUUGACCCUCAAGGCACCUUGCCCUGUCUGGUGCCCUAUAUCCUCCGGCCCAACGAUGCCUAAGGAUGGGUUCAGCGAUGCCUUUGCUCAAUUCGUUAAGCUCGCCAGUGCAACUCAAAUACAUGUCUUGUUUGAUUGGAACUGGCUACACAAGGACCACUAUACUCGAUUCGAGCACCUAAUCAGACAUCCCGAACAGUUCACUGGGAUACCUGUGGAUCCGUCCUCUGCAAGACAUUUCAGGCUAGCAGACUGGUCCGUCUUGGGUCCAGUAGAUGAUGUCACAUCCGAAGCACCUCCCCCGUAUAUCGAAGCGUCUAAGAAACGUCCAAGACAAGUCACAACCAGCCCAUCACCUGAACCAUCUUUAAAGCGCACGCUGCUUUCGCCUACGUCAUGUCUGUUGUCAUCACCAACCGAAAAGGCGUCGGCGGUAUCUGUGUUCGCGCCAAAUCCCAAACUACGUUCACCCUCUCCCAUUACCAGCGCGCCUGAUUUCCAAGAUGCAAUCAAGAAUACACUGGAAACAUUGCUUCCGCAAAUGCUCGAGGCGAUACUACCAGAUAUGCUCCCACGUGUGCUUGCCGCCCCUUGCUCAUCAUCACCUUCAUCAUCACUCUCUCGGUCAUCUUCAAGGCCAAAACCAAAACCAAAACCAAUAUCAUCACUCGGCAACCUGCUAAACGCCCAGGUAUCCGCUCGCCUCGAAGCUCAACUUGAAGAGAUAUACGCCCAGACGCUCGACCAUGCAUCGCAACUUCACAGCGCGGCUGACGAUGAAUUUCACGAGCUGCUUGAAGAACAGAAGCUUGAUGUGGUCAUGGUCAAGGAAGAUAGCAUCAUGGAGCUGAACCGUGUGUUUGAUGAUAAGCUGGCUAAGUUUAAGGAGAGCACAACGGAAAUGGUGGAUGAGAUGGAGAAACGCGUCGAGUUGGUUUAUGCGGAUGUUUGCGAGAGGUUGGAUGAGCUGGCGAGCAAGAAGGUCGGGUUUUCAAGUCGGCGAGGAAAUGUGGAGAAGACUGAAGACUCUCUCAGCGUCACACGGCCAAGAGGUAUACAAGACCGAGGCCGAAGGGCAGUCUCUCUGCCUUUAUGAAUAUAGAAACAAUAAAAGUGUGAAUAUUGAGAAAGGUCGCAAGGUUCACUGCUCUGGUCUUGAUGAUU